AUGAAAAAAAUAUAUAGGGCAACGAAAACAGACGAGAUAUUUCAAUCGCAGAAAAAUAGAUACACCCAUCUGAUAAACAAAAAUCACAUUUACAACAACGUCUAUUUGAACUUGGAGGUCUACGAAAAAUGGAGGAAUCCUAACACGGAUGUGAGUUGCGAGCAGGAGCUAUGCCAGCCGGAGAGGAAUACCUCCAUCGACAAAAAAAAGGACGAGCACAGCCACUGGAAUGACAGAUCGCUCAGUCUGGUCUUGAACGCGGACUCGAAUUUGAUGGACAAGGAGGUGAAACACCUGCUGAGGAGAGGCGUGUCCGAUUCGCUGAAACAUCUGAUCUGGGUCCGUUCCAACGACGUCAACUACUUCGUUAUAAACUUCCCGCACUUCUACGAAACGACCAUUUAUAACACCUUCGGAGAUAAGAUCCCGUCCAUUCUGUUUAACGACUGCCCAACAUUCUGCGGGGGAAUCCUGGGGCUGCAGGAAGACAUUAUGUGUGUGCAGACCAAAAUAGAGGAGAUAGAAAUUGAAAACAAUGACGACUACGGCAAUUUCAAUAUUAAUGAUUCGACGAGUAACAUUUUACAACUUUUAUUUAACCAUCCAAAUGAGAACGAGAAGAAGAAGGACCAGUAUCUGCUACCUGAACAUAACUUUUGGAUAGAACCCAAAACGUUGAGUACCCCAAAUUUUGGAAACCUGUCCAGUCGAUUUUACAAGAAUAGGGUGGAGAAGCUAGAGGGGUGCGAGACUCCACAAAAUGGUCACACCGGAAAGGUAGAGUAUAAUCCGAAUAGUGAUAAUUUAAAAAAGGACGAUGUUGCCAACUCGGGAGGUGGUACUGUGAAUGCUCACACCUGUGUUGCUGGUAUGAUCGACAAAUUGACGGAAGGGAAGCAAAACAUAGAGGAAGAAGGAGGGAAAAACGUCGAAAGUGGAUCUACCAAUGGAGAAAGACUCCGUAAGGAGUCCAGUUUUAAAGUGUCCAACUGUAGCGAAAGCGAGAAAAAUAUUCUCAUCAAGGAUGACAUAAUUAUCUUUCAUAAUGGAGCAGAUGAUACGAAUAGCGGGCUGGAUUUCGACACCGGUGGACCGGAGAAUGACAGAGGCGGGGCAGCGGACUACGCCAAAGGAAGAACUGACUAUGAGAAGGUAGAGGGGGGGGAUCACUCCAGUGGGGUUAGCGGUGCCGAUGGGGAUGGUGACCAAGUCAUUGGCGGAAUGGGGAAGGAUUCUUUCCACUCCACUAAGAUGGAAGGGCAGGACUCGAAUAAGGAGGCGUACGAAUCGAAUAAGGAGGCGUACGAAUCGAAUAAGGAGGCGUACGAAUCGAAGAAGGAACCGUACAACUCGAAUAGGGAACCGUAUGACUCGAAUAGGGAACCAUACGAGUCGAAUAAGUACCUGCACAUCCAGUGCUACAUGACAGAGCAGUACAUUAUAAGCAAAAAGCAGGCAGAGAAAAUGAACAAAGCGAAAUUGUACUUACGGACAACAAGAAAGAAAAAAAUAGAAAAGGAAGGAAAUUACCAUAAUGUAAAAGCCAAGUCACAUUAUGACGGAAAUUUGCACCAGACAGGGAUUCACGACUCCGAUGAUUCCCUGGCAAAUGGUGGAAGUGCAAGUACUGAGAUGUACGGAAGCCGAAGUGGAGAAAACAUCUCCACUUAUCGUGUAAAGAAACAUUCCAGUUAUAACGACACAAGGAAUUUCUUAAAAAACGCCUUCAGUGUAAAGAGGAAAAAUCAGAAGAAUGAAAGGAAGCUGUCCGAUCACAUUUCUUCUUUGCUAAAAAAAAGCCUGAGCAAGGACAAUAGGGAAAAGAGAAAAUUAAUUCCGCACUGGAAAAAAGCGGGCGUGGAUAAUGGCACUUCCAUUGAGGGGAGGAAGAAGAAUCAGAGCGACGUGCCACGGGAUCAGCUCCGCGUGGGCGGCUCGUCAUCUCCAAAAAGAAGCGGACAGGAUGGCCAAGAGAAUGGCUGUCAACGUGGUAGACAGAAUGACCUACCAACUGCUACGUUCCAAUCAACCAGCUCAGCGGCCCAGCGCGCAUGGAGCCCCAACACUCGCAGCGGAGAGUCCGCGCGGACCUCCCUUCAAGCAGAAGGUACCUCAUCCGAUGAUGGGACGCAAAGGAAAAGGGAGGACGACGUAGACGAGCAGGACGACGGAGAAUCCAUCGUGAAACUGAGCGACUUUAACGAGGAAGACACGGAGAAUAAGCGAACCGACUCUCUACAUCUGGACGGAAAAUAUGUCCACCAUCGGGUUAUCGACCGUGGGAAGAAGAACGGCCGAGGGACGAAGUCGCUUUUUGGAAAAUUGAAAAAAAUUUUUUAUAAAAAGAAAAAGUCAGAAGAUUUCGACGCGGAAGUGAUCGAAUUUGCCAAUGGGUACAGGAGCGAAGAAUAUCAGGGUAGCCAAAGUGGAAGGAAAAAGCAGAACUUCCACACGGGGAAUGUGUCCGAAGAUCGGAAGGAGCCGCAGGAUCAGGACAGGAGAACCACAGCGGAGAAGCAUACCAAGAAUGGAGAUCGUGGGGCUGCUUUCUCAUCCAGCCCCAACAAAACAGGGAUGGUUACUCAAUAUAACACGUUUACUUCCAUCAGGGGAAGCGGACUGUCGGAGAGGAGUCGCCAUCAGGAAAGCCCUUCCCCGGGACGCAUCGAAACGGUUGGUAGAACCAGGAAGGAAAACUAUCGAAUCAUCAUUAGCAAACACGAAAGGAAGGAUCAUCAGCAUUGGGACGAUGCUGGUGUAGAAAAGAAGGAAGACAACAAGCAGACGUUCUUUUCCAACGUGGCAAAAACGAGUCCUCCAUUUUGCUUAUCCUUUGAAAGAGGGACGAAAUUGGGAGGAGGAACAUCAGGGAAGAAGGAACCAUCAGCAUCCUCUCGCAUGAAAGGAAACCUGGUCAAUUAUCCUCCCAGGGGAAUGGGCCGAGGAUCACCACAGGAAGAAAUCGGGACAGUGAUGGACGAGGAUGACGCGGACGAAUUGGAAAAUUUCCAUCUGCCGGCCAGCCACCCGCUGAACGGGGAAAGGGGCGAAGAAAGCGAAGGGAUCGAUGGAAGCCAAGGAAGCGAAAGAAGCCAAGGAAGCCAAGUACGCAAAACAGACGCCAGGGUUGCAGAUCAAACGAAGAGGAAGAAGAAAAUCAAUUUUAAGUAUGAAUCCGGGGAGGAUGCCGACGCGGCGAGUGAUGCAGAGAAUCGGGCGAAUGCGGACCCCAAGAAGGGGUCAGUUUAUAAGGAGAAGAAUGUGGGUAAGACGGAAAUGAAAGCCACGGCUAGCGGGAAGGAGGAGACCCCGCGGGAGAAGCAGAUCCACGAGGAUAGGGCCACGAACAGAAUGGAGAAAAGGUAUGCCGCCGUGGAGUACAACAGUAAGGAUAACCCUAACUUGGAGAAGGAGCUGUACAGCAAGUUUUACGAAAAUGGGGGUAGCAGCGCGAAAAAUGUCAGCAGCGCUAAUGGGAUGAGAAAUACUAACGGAGACGGCGGUGCCAGCGGUCCGAAUGGUGUGAACGCGUCCGCCGCCGCCCCGCCUAAUGUGUACAAUCUAGAUGACGCGACGGAGUUGACAGCGCUGCUCAACGAUAAUGGCAAGCACGAAAUUAAGAAGCUCCUAUGGGCCAUAAACAACAAUUUCGGAAACGACAUCGAAUUCGCACCAAUCAUUCCAAACCUCUGCAUUAUAUUGCUAAUCUAUUUCAAAGCAUCCGUCGUGUACUGCAUCAUUCACUGUCUAAUAAAGAAAGGAAUCGACACAAUCAAGAACAAGGAAGUGCCCUUCUUUAUCUAUAAAAGAAAAGAUUUUGUCAAAUACGUAAAAUACAUUUUAAAUUCCUUCAUUCAGUUCCUUCCUAAAUGUUACCAUUAUCUGAGGAAGUUAAAUUUUGACUUAGCAGCAUGGACGGCAAGAUGUAUCCAGGACGGGUUCUCUCGUAUGCUACCAUUCGAUUUUGUCCUAAGGAUUUAUGGCAUCUAUCUUUUCGAAGGACAGAAGACCUUAUGUCUCUACUGUCUUGCUUUGUUAAAAUUUUUCGAGAAUGAUUUAUUGAAGUGCACAAAUAUAGAAGAAGUGGAGAAUAUACUAUAUCACAUUUGCAUGCAUCCUUACUUAACGAUUAAUGAGCUGACACAGAUUGCUUAUCGAUUUAAGCUAAAGAGUAAAGAAAAGCAGCUGAAAUUUUCGACGAAAUGUCCCUCUCCCUACCUCAUGAAUGUUAAAAUGAAAACAUUUUAUAGACCCAGACUGAAUGAUAACUCUAGAUUGAUAAAUUCGUUACACUGGCAAAAUAUAUGGGAGAAGAUUCCUAGUAAUUUCAGAUCGCUGGAUCCUUUUUUAAGCUACUGCUCUAAGAAGGAUGGGUAUAGCUUCCAAGUGCUUGUCGAGAGGACAGAGAAGAAUAAAAGGAAACCCAUGAUACUUCUUUUGAAAACCUUUGACUAUGAUUUGAUGGGUUUUUUUUGUCCCUUUUCCCUCACGAGAGAUCUCAAUUUUGUUAACUGUUCCGACAAGAGCUCUGCUUUUCUGUGUACCUUUAACACCCAUUUUAAAUUUUACAAGUGGUCAGGCAGGAAUAACACCCUCGUGCUUAUACGCGAUGGGAUUUACAUUGGCGGGAAUGACAUCGCUUUGUUUAUCGACAAGGACGUGAAGGUUGGAAAAACCCACUCAUCCGAGUCCUUCUUCUCCCCACCGCUCAUCUCCGCCGGUCGCGACUUCCACAUCAUGGACAUCGAAGUGUGGAACCUCAAGUAG